GGUACUUGUCUCCGUCGGGAUGUCGGAAACACAAUGCAAUUCGCCGCCCGAUCAGUGGGGAUCGCUACGCAAGACUGGCCUAAUCCCUAGACGCGGGAUAGGUAAGGAUUUUGAUUGUUGUGCUUCCGGCUCACAGUGAACGAUGAUGUCCGAGGAUGGGCAAGCUACGGAAAGUGUCUCCGUUUCACUUAAAGCACUUUACGCAGUAGUAAAAACAGCAUUUAAAACCUUUCAAACCUAGUCCUUCUCGUCCUCUCGUAUUAUGUAAGAAUAUUAGAUUGUGGGUUUUUAUCCACAACAGUUAAAUAUGUUCCUAAACAUGUCACCGUGCGGCUCAACUUUGGAAGAACAGCUUUCGUCCAUAAUGGACGUCCUUGCGAAAGCUGCCGUAUCUGAAAUUAGCCAACUGUUCUCGGAAGGCUCGGCUACACUUCGUCUACAAAUAACUCGGAGCCUGAAAGAAAACGAAGCGCUGAGGACGAAGAUGAAGGUGAUGAGGAGUGAGCUGUUUUCUUUGCGGCAUCAAACAAGAUCAAAUGCAUCGCGUGCUUCAAGUCGUUUCACCCUGGAUCGAGCCAACAUCUGCAAACCACGGACUAAAUCACUGGGAAAUGAAAACGGCGAUGACUUUGAAGACCGCAGCACACAGCGCGGCGCCACCUCAGAUAGUCUGCAUGUGGACUCCCCUGGCUCCUCCCACAUGUCCAGUCACAGCGAGGAGCUGAGUAUCCUGAGCGUCCACGGAAAGGGGGAGGGCCCACUGUCGCUGGAUGGAAAUGACACCCUCUUCACCACGUCCGAACUGGAGGCCCUGAGCUCGCUCUCUGGCCAAAGUGUUGCCACGAGCCUGGAGCGAGCCGAGCAGCAGACUUUGCAGCAGACCCCAGACAUUAUUUUAAUCAAGGAGGAAGAGGAUAUUGGUGGAUGCAUGCCCCCUGUAGAAGACUUCGAUGACUUUGGAGACCGCAGCAAACAGUGCGACGCCACCUCGGAUAGUCUGCAUGUGGACGCCCCUGGCUCCUCCCACAUGUCCAGUCACAGCGAGGAGCUGAGGAUCCUGAGCGUCCACGGGGAAGGGGAGGGCCCACUGGACGGCCAUGACACCCUCUUCACGUCCGAACUGGAGGCUAUUAACUCGCUGUCCGCGGACCACAGCGUGGCCAACAGCCUGGAGCAGCUGGUCAACCGCGAGGAGCUGACUGGAAAGCAGCAGACCCCUGACACCAUUUUAAUCAAGGAGGAAGAGGAUAUUGGUGGAUGCAUCCCCCCUGUAGAAGACUGCGAUGACUUUGGAGACUUCAGCACACAGCGCAGCGCCACCUCGAAUAGUCUGCAUGUGGAUGCCCCUGGCUCCUACCAUAUGUCAAGUCACACCGGGGAGCUGCGGAUCCUGAGCGUCCACGGAAAAGGGGAGGGCCCGCUGGCGGACGGCCAUGACACAUUCUUCACCACAUCCGAACCGGAGGCACUGAGCUCGCCGUCUGCGGACCGCAGCUUGGCCAAGAGCCUGGUCCAAAGUGAGGAGCUGACUGGGCAUCGGGGCGGCCGCAAAUGCCGGCCCGGUGUCUUGUUUGACAAGGGUUUUCCCGACAAUACCAAGAAGACCACCUGUAAGCGUACCCACACUGGCGAGAAGCCCUACAGUUGUGACCAAUGCUUGAAGAGUUUCAGUCAGAGCUGCAAUCUGAAGAGCCACAUGAGGACUCACUCCGGAGAGAAGCCAUACAGCUGUGAACGAUGCAUGAAGAGUUUCAGUCAGGGCUCCCACCUGAAGAGCCACAUGAGGACUCACUCUGGGGAGAAGCCCUACAGGUGUGACCAAUGCAUGAAGUGCUUCAGUAAGAGCUGCGACCUGAAAAGCCACAUGAGGACUCACUCCGGGGAAAAGCCAUACAGCUGUGACCGAUGCAUGAAGAGUUUCAGUCAGAGAUCCAACCUGAAGAGCCACAUGAGGACCCACUCUGGGGAGAAGCCCUACAGGUGUGACCAAUGUAUGAGGUGCUACAGUACAAACAACAGCCUGAAGAUCCACAUGAAUAUUCACUCCGAGGACAGGCUCAACAGGUGUGAACUUUGCUUGAAGUGCUUCACUACAAGCUGCGACCUGAAGAGACACAUUAGGAAUCAUUCCGCCGAGAAGCCCUACAGCUGUGACCAAUGCAUGAAGCGCUUCAGUAAGAGCUGCGACCUGAAGGUCCACAUUAGGACUCACUCCGGGGAGAAGCCCUACGAGUGUGACCAAUGCAUGAAGCGCUUCGGACGGGGCUCUCACCUGAAGAGCCACAUGAGGACACACUCCGGGGAGAAGCCCUACAGGUGUGACCAAUGCAUGAUGUGCUUCAGAGAUUACUCCCACCUGAAGCGCCACAUGAGAACUCACCCGGGGACAAGCCCUACAGGUGUGACCAAUGUGUAAAACGCCAAAGGCCCCGUCAUGUUCGUUAUGGCCGACCGUCCAGACGGACCCCGGCGUUUUCGGGUCCUGCAAACACAGGAACACAGGAGCCGACUCACUCCGGGAAGAAGCAUGUGUCUACAGUGCAACGCCAGCUUCAACGGCCCUAGCAAUUGUCACAUUGCGUUGGCACAUGCUCAAGCACACGGGCAAGGGUGCUUUGUCAUGGGGCAACGGGACGCUUUGUUUGACACCUCUAUCCACUAUUUGUUGAAAAUGUAACUGCUGUAUUUCUUUUUUCAUCAUGAUUAAAGACGAUUUCCAACUUUG